AUUCGAUCCGCCAUUGCGCUUUUUUUUGCGUUGCAUCACUCAAUUCUGUAGAAUGUGUUGCUAAGGAAGGUUUUCGGAGUUCGUUCUAUCUUUCAUCGACUCCAUAUGCUAUUGAUCCUGCAUUCAAAACGGAAAUGGCACGAAAAGUCGGCGUUCUGGACAUAUCGUCUCCCGAAUUUGAUGUGGAUGCCUACCUGAGUUCUCAGCUCAAGGAGAAGAGUUUGGAUGAGUUAGUCAAGGAAGAAGAGGAGAUGGUAGCUUCAGUACGUCGCCUUGAUUCUGAUGUCCAUCAGCUUGUUUAUGAGAACUACAACAAGUUUCUGACCGCGACAAGCACUGUACGGAAGAUUCAAGACGAGUUCAACUUACUGGACAACGAGAUGGAAUCGCUUAGUUCAAAUAUGAAGAAUAUAUCUGGGUUGAUUGGCGAGCUAAGUGGUGUUCUUGGAGGUGGACGAGAAGGAGUGGCGCAGUUGGGGAGCUCUUACAAAGUUCUGAAAAGUUUGCAGUCCAUUUUUGAACUGCCUGGCAUUUUACAGGGCUUUUUCGAUGAAGGAAGUUACAGCGACGUGGUGAGGCUAUAUCUUAUGGCUCAAAACGGUCUUCGUAGGUAUGGAGACAUAAAGAACAUAGCGCGAGUCAAGGAAAAAGCCGAUCAAAUAAUAGCAGAGACGGAAAAGCAGCUUAUUAAAACCAUCGAUAGAUCCACUGAAGACGUCGAUGGCGUGGCCGAAGCAGUAGAACUGCUCAUGAAGCUUGGAAAAUCUUCUCAAGAAGUUCAAGCGCUAUUUCUCAAGUCAUCGGAAGCGUCUUUGCAGAACGAUCUAAAACAAUUACAGGCUAAUCCUGCUGAUGUUCUUGAUUUAGUGGAUAAAGGUUGCGAGUCGUUCAUACCAAAUCUCACUCUGCUUGCAAACUUACAUGAGCGUCUUUUUCCCAGAUCUUCUGAAAGCUUACUGAGAAUGUUGCAGGCACAGCUUGGAGAUUUUCAUAAAAUUGUAUCUGAGCUGUUUCUAGCCUCAUCAGAUCCUAAGGACUGUUCCAUCGUAGUGCGCGCCUUGGAUAGAUAUUUUAGAAAAAUGUCUACCUGCAAGCAAGUCAUUCAAGGUCUGGAUUGCUCCACUUGUACGAUAUCUCUUAUUCGAGAAGUAUCAAACCAUGAAGUGCUUAUAUCAAGGAAGUACAUCUUGGAAGAAAUGAAAAUUGUCAUGCAGGAGAUUCGGCAGUCUCUCUUGUCGAACGAUGUUGACUUGACCGCUCUUGCAGGGAAACUCGAACAAUCUUUUGUGUUCCAAGUGAAGACUGCUUUGGCCAAUCUUCUUCUCUUCAUUGCAAGCGAUGUUACGUUCUCCACCCUACCUCCUGCCGAGUUUCAAGCUGAGUUUGCGCGCAAUGUGCACGAAGAGAUUGUUAUAGGGGCAUUCAAAGACGUUAUAGCUGUAGCGGAAACUUACGCCUGCUCACAAGCUUUGCUGCAAUCGUUAGUUUUCUUGUUGAUUUUUUGCCCAUUUCAGAUUCCGUGGAGAAAUUUCAUGAGUGAAUAUUUGUUGAAAUUGUGUAAAGUAAUGGGAUUCCUUGUGGGUGUUCAAGGAAGAACACCAAAAUUCGAUAUUGAAGUUUUGUUGAUCAUAGAGCGCGCAACGUCUAGCACAAGCACUGGAAGUGACAGUGCGAAGGCUGCGUAUGAUUCUGUGCAGUCUGAAGUGGCUGAAGAUGAAAGAGCAAAUUUGUUUCGUGAUCUCGACAACUUCCUUUGCGCUGAUCGUUAUGUGUCAGACAAGAUGACUAUGGCGCGCAGUCCGGGAAGAUCUGAGCAGAUGUUCACGAUCGGCUCGAAAAAAGAGCAGCACCGUUAUGGAGAUGUGUUGUGGCUUAUACUGCGAGCCUAUUUCAGCGGAAGAGAUGUUUCUGGGGAAGAUGCGGUUUUCGACAUGGAUGCCUUAGUUUGUUCGAAGCGUGAGCAACGAACUCACAUUCUUGACGAGAUUAUGAAUUAUGAAGCAAUUCCGCUAGCAGAGGGAUAUGACCGUCUAGAAGUCAAUUAUAUGACUCACCUACAUAAUACUAGAAAGGACGUGCGAGAGCUGCUGGAUAAUUUCAGCAGGUAUCAAGUUCUAUUCCCUCAUUCGAAAGCCAUGGUACAAGACUGCACGACGCGCAAAGGUGCUGACUUUACAAAACAGCUAUUCGAUAAGGUGACCUUGCUUGUUACCUGGUUGAAUACGGUAGAAGAUUUGGCAGCAAAAAUCACUCAGCUUGGAACUCUCUUUGAAGUUAGUCGUUUACCCAACGCGGAAAAGUUGUGGCCCCGUCCUUUACACGACACUUCUUGGUCGGUUUGCUUGCGAGAUGCUCGACCGGUGUUUGAAGCUUUUGUAAAGAGGAGUUUACUUUCUAAAGGAAUGAAAAGAGUGGUAGCCAGAGUUUGGGAACUUUGUGAAGUUACGGUUAUGAAAACCGCCAUACUUCUUCAACCUCCCAUAGCCAGCUAUGCUCAUGCCGCUUCUCGUCAUAGGACAAUGCUUAGGUUGACACCAGAACUGAUGGACAGAUACAGGGAGAUGUUUGACCACAGUUUAACCAGCGAGAAAGCUCAAUCCAUCCAUCUGCCUUCGGUCGGCCCCAUGUUCAUUUUUGUACUUGGAGUACGACUCGAACUUGCGAGAGAAUGGCUGAACGUUAGGUCAAAAUGGAGCGUACCAGCUGGUGCUGAAACGGAUAUCUCGACAUUAGAGACACUGAUUGAAGAUUCACGAGACUGUGUGGAGGAUGCUGUGCUCGUCAAGCAGUUCUUUCUCGAUGUGAUUCAAUCAAUUUGUCCAAAAGGCCAGAAGGGGAAUAUAUGCACCACAGAUUUUGACGAUACUUUGAGGGACGUGUUUGAGAAGUACCUCGGCUACGUGGAAAGGUGGUGUGAUGCCGUAGCCCAAACCGAAGAUCUCGCCCGGUUGUUCUCGAAACUCGAAUCAGAAUGGAAAACUGCUGUAGGUUGUGCGCGCCAUAUCCAUACGGGUUUGGACCUAUUAGCUUCAUCAUUUUGUACAUUCCUGCCCCACCUUUUGGAUGUUCUUGUAGUACGCUUUUGGGAGGCGAACAUGGAUUGCAUUAGUAUGAGGUAUGGAAUACGUGACGUGGACGACGAGAGCGAUAAUGGCUAUGACAGCCAAACUCAAGAACAGUUCACCAUGUUUGAUGCAUUCCGCUCAUAUAAUAGUGUUAUAAGAGAAGUCAAAGAGCGCUCAGCUAGACUCGUAGCUAUGCUUCGGGGAGCUCUGAUGGAUCUCCAUGAUGCCGUUGGUUAUACAGUAACUCAACCUUUGGAGAGUGUGGCAGCCGCACUUAGACCUGAGCAUUGUUUGGUUGACUUUGGGGAAACAUCAGUUGCUGUCUGUGUUCUUGUUGACUCGGCUAGUGCGGAUAGGGGAGUUGCGCAGGAUCUGGUGACAGCAUUAGCUGAAGGCCGAAAACCCGACCUUGGACAUCUUAUCGUACUGCCUAGCCAGCAUCUUAGGAGCAUGUGGAACUAUAGGCGCGUAAAAAUUACGCUAGAGGAGCCACUGAUGGAAAACAUACACUACUUGAGGACUGACGCUGUUUGUGUGAUUGGACAUGAUUAUCGCUUGGAGAAGAAGUUUUCUGGUGCUUUUGAAGUAUUCAUGCCGUCUUGCUCGUCUCAUCACAAUGUCGAUAGAGAACUGAAACAGUUGGCUACAACAUUUUUGGAACUGUCGGCAAUUCUUUCACAAGGAAUUGCAGCGCUAAGUGAUGACGUUCGACGGGCAUAUGAUUCAGUCAGGAUGCGAGAUUACAUACAUUCCACACUUGUCCAGGCUUUCAAUUUCGAGUUCCAAUUGCACCGUGAUGUUUGUCGAUACGUUGGGGACUCGUAUAUGGCGGAUUUCGGCGAAGAGCUGGCUGCGCGAGGGAUGGUUGUAAUACAUCAGUGGAAAGAACUGGUUAGCGUCAUGCAGCCUCAGCCAUCUCCUCAUAUCCCUCUAUGGGCUAGUCAUGGUUUCAACUUUAUUCACUUUCUUACGGAUCCAAAAUUCACAAGCCGUUUAUCGGAUGAUAAUUUUCGCCUACUAAAAGAAGAUAUAGAAGAGUGCAAGAGAUUAGUGUUAGGAGAGAGGGGUGUUAUCACUAUUGUCGUACCACGAAGUCGAUCUUCUACUCUCAGCUCACCCAGAACUUCUGAAAAUGUGACUUCGAAGAUGAAGAAGGUUGCGUUGCUUUCCCGUCGAGCUAGGCUCGAAGCAGCAGCACUGGAAACUGAUAAAAUGGUUGCCAAACGAAGUCCACAUAAACUUGGUCGUGUGAUCGCUGUCAGAAAGGAACACUUCACUUUGGAAAACUACGCAGAUCCGUCCAGAACAGCACCAUUUAGAUAUCAGAUUUUGGAGAAAUUAGGUGGUGGCAGCUUUGGGACAGUAUACAAGGCCCUCAAUCUUGAUGCGCAAUGUGUGAUCGCCGUCAAGAAAAUCAAAGUGGAGCGAGGAGUUUUAAAGCAUCGUUCUGCGCUCACAGCUACGUCUGCGAAUAGAUCAAAGUUGGUAAUCUCAAGCUGUGGUGCAGGAGAAAACGGCAUAAACGUUAUAAUUACUGCAUCGAAUUUUUGUUACUUUGCUCCGGAAGUGUUGACUUACGGUGGACAGGCGGAGGAUGGACGCUAUCGUGGAUAUGGUAGAGCUGUAGAUAUUUGGAGCAUAGGAUGCGUUGUCCUGCAAAUGAGCACUGGGAGAGCGCCAUGGCCGAACAUGCACCCAUUCCAAAUCACAAUGCGGGUCUGCCAAGGAGGAUUACCGGCAUAUCCUGUCCCAGUGGGACCUCUACUCAAGCAUUUUUUGGACAGCUGUUUUGUAUUCGAUCCAGAUCAAAGGAAAUCUGCACAACAGCUCUUACAAGAUCCAUUUGCGAACCUGCAUGUUGAUGCAGACUCCAUCCUGCAGUCAGUGACUCAGCCAAGCAUUUCGGAAAGUGAAAGUGUUGAGCCAUCUGUUGAUGAUAGUUCGAGCAGCUCUAGGAAUAACACCAGCAACGGAUAGAGCUUUCUUAUAGUUUUUGUUAAUUUGCAUCUUGACACCUACACUGUAACUGAAAGUUAGUCGAUCAUACAUAUACUGUGAGGUUUUGAUACACUUUUGUAUAUAGUAUUAGGUAUAGACAUUCCUAUUCUCGACACAUCGUUCCAAAUGUACUUGUUGUUUGUCUAAGUACUAAUCUUUACGCAUUUUAUAAUGACCGUAAUAUGUCAUUGAAUCUCUUGCUGUAACUGUGCAAAAUUUGGUGCCUUAAUUGUUUACAGGUCGCACUUAUCACCAUAGCCUGAUUGAUCACUGAUUGUCUUAUUCUUAUCAGAAGAGCUUCACUCAUUCAUUUUUGCCAAGUUCUCAGAAAUGUGCAAGAUUGUGACGAAUCAUAAAACGUAGAACGUUUUUCUUAUACUGUGUUAUUGGGCGUCUGUCGUAUCGCUAUCUUCCUGUGUCUAUGUAGCUUUUGCAGUAUCGUC